AUGGCUUACUGUUUCCUUCGUUCCUCUUAUGAUCAUAAUUAUGUAAUUCAAAUAAUAAUUAUACAUGCUUUGCAGGCCAUGGACCGAGCCCAUCGCAUCGGUCAGCGCCGUAUGGUUCAGGUCUUCCGCCUGGUGACCAAUGACACUAUUGAGGAGCGCCAGCUCAACUUGCAGGCCUUCAAACGGCAUCUGGCAGAGACUGUUAUCUCCGCAGAUAAUCGCAGCUUGGUGAGCAUGGAUACGGAUCAUUUGCUUGAUCGCCUUUCAGAUGCACUUCCCGGAGAGCCGGCUACGAUGUAUGUACAGAGACCGAGUUCCAUUGGUGCGGCUAACCUGACUGGACCUCAUAUAGCAGACAACUCAGAUCAGCCAGAGCUAGAGCAGUAUAUGGCUGAGUACCAAUUAGAGGGGUUUUGGAGACGUUUGCCUAGGCAGACUUCUGUUGAAGGAGACACUUUUGAUCCGAUUUGA